GGUGGGUGGGUGGGUGACAGAGAGAUCAUGGCGGGAGGGGAGAACGGGAGGGCGGAGGAGGAGAACGAGGUGAGGGCGCCGCUGCUGGCCGCCGUCCGCCGGGUGCCGCGUAAGAAUUCGGUGAACUCGAUGAGGGGCGAGUUCGUGGCCAGGUUGCCGGAGAAGGUGAAGCACGGGGUCGACCCGGAGCGUCCCUUCACCAUCGACGUCUCCCGGACCAGGGACCUCCUCGAAGGGGAAAAGGAAUACUAUGAGAAGCAGUUUGCAACCCUAAGAUCCUUUGAGGAAGUGGACUCAUUGAAUACACCUAAUGUAGUUGAUGAAGCUCUGGACCUUGAAGAGCAAAGGCAGAGUGAAUUUGCCAUGAAGAUCUCCAACUAUGCAAACAUUGCGCUCUUGGCACUGAAGAUUUAUGCUACCAUACGAAGCGGAUCCAUAGCUAUUGCUGCUUCGACACUUGAUUCAUUGCUAGAUCUUAUGGCGGGCGGCAUUCUCUGGUUUACUCAUCUUUCCAUGAAAAACAUAAACAUAUACAAGUACCCGAUCGGCAAGUUGCGCGUUCAACCGGUCGGCAUCAUCGUAUUUGCUGCUAUCAUGGCCACUUUAGGAUUUCAAGUUUUUGUUCAAGCUCUGGAACGCCUGAUUGAGAACAAGCCUGCGGACAAGAUGACCUCGGCUCAACUGGUGUGGCUGUAUUCGAUCAUGCUGACCGCCACUUUUGUAAAACUAGCUCUGUGGCUUUACUGCAGGACCUCCGGAAACAAGAUCGUCCGUGCCUAUGCUAAGGACCAUUACUUUGAUGUUGUGACCAAUGUUCUUGGCCUGGCUGCUGCUAUUCUUGGCGAUAAGUUCUACUGGUGGAUCGAUCCUGCUGGGGCUAUUAUUCUCGCGAUCUAUACGAUUACAAAUUGGUCUGGAACCGUAUGGGAGAACGCAGUCUCACUGGUUGGUCAGUCAGCUCCACCUGAGAUGCUCCAGAAAUUAACUUACCUUGUGAUAAGGCAUCAUCCUCGGAUUAAACGUGUCGAUACCGUCCGAGCAUAUACGUUUGGGGUCCUUUACUUUGUGGAGGUUGACAUCGAACUCCCAGAAGAUUUACCUCUGAAAGAAGCCCAUGCGAUCGGAGAAUCGCUGCAGAUAAAGAUCGAGGAACUACCAGAGGUCGAACGUGCAUUUGUGCAUCUCGACUUCGAAUGCGACCACAAGCCGGAGCACUCCAUACUCGUCAAGCUGCCCAACUCCCAAGCUUGAGCCGCAUGCAUGAUCUUUGUUUACGGUCAUCUGCUAGGUUCAUGUAUAUGAAACAUGAGUUCCUGAAGGCUUUCUUUUGGAUAAAGUUACCCUUGGAUGAUGGUUCUUGAUCUGUCUCUUUUGGUGGAUUUGGUCCUCCACCACCAGUUUGGCUUGAGUAUGAGAAGUAUAUUCAUGGAGAAUCUUUGAUGGUUG